AUGGAGGGCAUUACCAUGAAACAUGUAGCAGCAUUGUCCAUGGGUACCUUGAGUGUUUUCUUCAAAUAUAUCUAUCAGGCCUUUCCGAGUCGUAUGCAUGCGGUACAAUUGAUUAAUUGUCCAUCGUACAUAAAUAAAAUUUUGGGGUUCCUAAGACCAUUUAUGAGCAGGGAAUUAUAUGAUAUGGUUAAAUGUCACACCAACGGGCUGGAAGGUCUCUAUGAAAGUAUACCACGUGAAAUUUUACCAAAGGAAUAUGGUGGCAAUGCUGGAACCAUGGCUGAGUUGAGUUCCGAAUUUAGAAACAAAGUUUUGGAAAUGAAGGAACUUCUUAUGGAUCCGGAAUACUGGACUGUACAGAAAUCUUAG